AUGUCCGACGAAGAGCUUCAGCAAUUCAUGGCGUUAACUAACUGUUCCGCGAGAGAGGCUACUGAUUAUAUUCAAGACUCGAACGGUAAUUUGGAAACUGCUUUAAAUGCCUACUUUUCUAAAAAACAUGAAUUAAGUGAACCAGCCAUUGAUAAUACACCAAAUAGUACUGGUUCUAAUCCACCGAAUCUAAUGGGCUCUCAAAAUAGGUCUAGUUCGUCUACUUCAGCUCCAAAUGCACCUUCCUCAAGCAAGUCGACAAGAAAAGAGCCUACCAAGUUUAAAUCGCUUACUCAAAUGUUAAAGGAAACGCAAGCUAAUGAAGAUGAUGAAGAUGACGAGGCUAGACAUACAUUUGCAGGAGGAGAAACUUCAGGAUUGGAAGUUACUGAUCCUAAUGACUCGAACUCAUUGAUUAAAAAUUUGUUAGAGAAGGCUCGUAGAGAAGGUGAAAGAGGAACAGGCAGCGAAGAAGAACGUGACCCCUCUGGAAAGCAAAACUUCAGUGGUAAGGGAUAUCGAUUAGGUACAUCAGUUGAUCCCUCGGAGCCAAUUGUAGAUGCUCCUGCAGCACCUGAGAAGGCGAAGAAAGUUACAAGAGAAAUCACAUUUUGGAAAGAAGGUUUCCAGGUAGGAGAAGACGGACCAUUAUACCGUUACGACGAUCCAUCGAACAGUUACUAUCUAAAUGAAUUAAAUCAAGGUAGAGCCCCAUUGAAACUGUUAAAUGUUGAGUUUGGGCAAGAGGUCGAUGUUAACGUAUUUAAAAAAUUGGAUGAGUCCUUCAAACCACCUAAAAGGAAGCUUGGUGGGUUUGAAGGAAGUGGACGUAGGUUGGGUUCCCCUAUUCCAGGCGAAAAUAUAUCAACGGUGGCACAAGAAGACAAGGAUAAAAGCGCGUCACCAAAGGCCGAAACUUCAUCAGUGUCAAAGGAUACUCAAUCACAAGGCGAUACUAGCGUUCAAAUAAGAUAUGCUGACGGAAGAAGAGAAAUACUACGUUGCAACAAGACAGAUACCGUUCAAUUCCUGUAUGAUCAUGUAAAGAAUAAUACCCCCAUUUCCAGGACCUUUUCUUUGAACCAAGCAAUGCCGAUUAAACUAAUUGACCAGUACGAUUCAACUAUUGAAGAACAGAACCUAUGUAGCUCAGUCGUUGUUCAAAGAUGGACAUGA